CCCCAGCCCGGGCUCCUAGAUUCCGGGUCCUGGGUCCCCAGAGGUGAGUGGGCUGCAGGCCGGCGCUUGGCGCCUCGCUGCUCGGGAUGGUGGUGUCGCGGGCGCCAGGCGGAGCUCUCACCCGGCGCCGUAGCUAAGCCGCGUUCUGGAUUGUCGUAGCUUUGCUGGGCCUGGGGACCGCGGCGCCGCCGCAAAGCCGGAGCCUCUGGGCCUUUCGCGCGUGGGCAGGUUCACCUCUAACCACACCUGCGAGCGGCGCUGUGGCCUUCCCCGGCUGUCCCCUCUGGGUCCCAACGAGAUGGUCGAGGUCGGUCUCAGCCAGGUGCAGAGGCAGGAGGGCUGGUGCGGGCGCCUCGCCAGACAACGUCAACUUCUAGGGCUGCCUCUCCGCCAGCCCGCUUCGUCGGAGACCCCGUGUGCUCGCUCCUGAAAUAACAGAAGUAAUUUCUCCCCGCCUUUGCAAGACAGUGCAAAAGAGUGGCUGACCAACUCCACCCCAGGGUUUGCAGUGGAGGCUCGCGAAUGACAGGCGUGCGGCUGCAUCCCGGCCCCCCGGACGGCCUCAGGAGAGCGGCCUAGGCAGGGUCCGCGGGGCGUUCAGAGAGAGGGGUCUUCAGUGCACGAUCCCAGAGGUUUGACCUGUUUACAAGGAGGGGAGCUGUGUCCCGAGCCCCAACAUGGCAGCUAAAAUGGAGAUCACCUUGAGCUCCCACCCGCAGGCCUCCUCCAAGCAGGAGAGACACAUAAUCGCAAAGCUGGAAGAGAAGCGGGAGCCCGCUCCCCAGAAAAGCCGGCCCGACCCGGAGCUGUCCCGCCAGAGCUUCCGCCGGUUUUGCUACCAGGAGGUGUCGGGGCCCCAGGAGGCGCUCGCGCAGCUCCGCCUGCUGUGCCGCCAGUGGCUGCAGCCCGAGCUGCACACCAAGGAGCAGAUCCUGGAACUUCUGGUGAUGGAGCAGUUCCUGAUCAUCCUGCCCCCGGAGCUGCAGGCGCGGGUCCGGCGUCGGCAUCCGGAGAGCAGCAAGGAGAUGGUGAGCCUGGUGGAAGACUUCCAGAGAGCAGCCAAGAAGCCAAAGCAGUGGGUGGCCGUGUGCGUGCAGGGGCAGAAGGUGCUCUUGGAGAAAACUGGAUCCCAGCUUGAAGAGGAGCUGCCGGACUUUCCCCCACACGCUCCUAGGCGAGAUCUCAGGGAAGACUGUCUGGAGGAGCUUUCCCAGGCAGAUUCCCAUGACCGGGUGAGCCCCCAUCCAUGGGAGAAAUCCCCACUCCUCCAGGAACCAGCCCCCAGGUUGGCUGGAGCAGAGGCCCCCAGAGCGAGAAGUGACAACAGGGAGAACCCUCAGCAGGAAGGGGCUAAAGGAACAAAGCCAUGUGCAGCGCCAGCGGGCAGAUCCAGGGGCGGUGGGCUGCAGAGUCCCGAGCCCCGAGGGGCGAGCCUGGCUGAGCCCCGGCUGUCCCGGAGGCAGGGCAGCUCCCAAAGUGCCCAGAAGCCAUUUGCUCACUACCAGAGACACUGCAGGGAACUGGACCACAUCAGCAGCCCCUUAAAGGCGCACCCGCUGAGGGAGCUGAAGAAGAGCAAAGGAGGCAGAAGAGGCCUGAGCGGCCGCCUGCCUCGGCUCGGCCACCCGGCGCCCCGCUCGGCCAGGAAGCCCUACAGGUGCGACGACUGUGGGAAGAGCUUCACGUGGAACUCGGAGCUGAAGAGACACAAGCGGGUGCACACGGGAGAGAGGCCCUACGCCUGCGGGGAGUGCGGCCACUGCUUCGGGCGCCAGUCGACCCUCAAGCUGCACCAGAGGAUCCACACCGGCGAGAAGCCCUACCAGUGCAGCCAGUGUGGGAAAAGCUUUCGCCAGAGCUCCAACCUUCACCAGCAUCACCGGCUCCACCACGGCGACUGAGCGCACGCCCGGUGCCAGGAGGGUCUUCGGGUCUCCCCUCCCCUUCCCUGCAUGGAAGCCACAGACCGCGCGACUCGCAGGACAGCAGGGGCCCUGGAGGGGUGCAGGUGCCCAUCUGGCCGGUGAGCAGCCCCAGCAGAGGCUGACCGGGAUCCUGACCGGGCCCAGUGCUGAGAGGAAGAGCCGGCGGCUGUGGGCGGUGGCCGUCUGCAGCAGGUGGCAGGCAGCUCCCGAGGGAGAAGCCAGGUGACCCCACGGGGCCCUGACCGUCCCAUCGCCCUCUGUUGCUUUAUUUAUCUUCUCAAAUAUGUUAAAGGGUAGAAUCCGUCUAUGUCAUGCGUUUACUCUCAGGCCAGACAGGUGGUCCACCAGAACUCCAGGCAGCCAAGCUCCAGCACUCUGUGAUACCCAGCUGUGCAUAAGCAGAAGAGUUCAUCAUUUGUGUGAGUGGAGGGUUUCCAAGUAAUUAGAUCCAGAAAGAAAGAAAACGUGUGGUCGAGGGGUCUUUUUCUGCUGAACACCUUUGAUUUAGAAGAAGAUCCACGUGGUUGCUUUGUCCCUAGCCCGAGAGGUAAGGAAACUACCUAACCCUAACCCUAACCGAGGCCAGACUGCUCCGGGGACGUGGGGGGUCCUCCCCACUCUGCCUGCUCACCGAGGCCGCUGGUUUGAAGAACGACAGAAGGAAGGGGUGAUGACGUGUUCUGAAGUUGGAUUGUGCUGUAGAGCUUGCGUUCACUUGAUAUGUAAAUUGUACCUCACGAGUGUUUUAAAACAUAAGAGAGUAUAUUUAUAUAAAAUGCUCAAGUCCUGGAACUGGGCCUUGGGAGAUCCUCUAAUCCUACCCCCUCGUUUUCUCAAAGUACAAAUAAAACCCAGUCAGUACGAAAGUGUUAGUCACCCGGGCAAGCCAGCCAUUCCUCAGUGUGGGGGAAUCUGGCUGAUCGUGUGCACCGCCCAUGGAAACAGGCAGGCAGGCGCCCCAGGGCGCUCUUAUGCCCCCAGAAUACCAUGUCAGUGUGCACUCUGCCUUUGAACACUCUCCCGUUUGCAUCUGGGCCUGUGACACCCCCAUGUGCCCUCCUCUGCCUUCCCCCAGCUGCCUGGGCACAACUUUGCCCAGGGGACGCUUGGCAGGCUGAGCCUCUGGGGAGGGAGGGUUGCCCUAGACCUCUAGAGGGGGGGACGCUGGGGUCGUGCUGAGCGCCCUCCAGUGCCCAGGAUGCCCCACAGCAGUCACGCGGCGCAGCCGUAGGGCUGUGGUGGGGAGACUGCUCCCCACACAUUGCCUGGGGGGGAACGACCUCAUUUUCCACUGUUGUAGCUUUGAGACUCAGCCCGUGUCCCGCUGAAAGAAGCGGAUUCUAGCUGAGACCCUCGCUUUCCACUCAGGGCCCAUGUUGGCCUGAAUGCAGUGACCCUGGGCGCAGUCGGUGGGCAGCACUUGUGUUUGGGCCAGAGGGGCACUGAAAGCCCCGUGGCUGCCUCAGAGCUGUGGUGGCCCUGGAGGCCUCCCUCCCAGCUCCUGUGCUGACCACCACGGGACCCCUCCCCAAAUUCAGCUGCGUGUUAGCGCCCUCCAGUCUGCAGCCUCCUGGUCAGGGUCUCUGGAUUUCCCGUUCUGUUCCCCCAUCCCUCGCCCCACCCUCUCUUUCUAGGCCAAGUUUCACUGUUGUCUCUUAAGUUCCAAGUCAUGGUCAUGUCUGUGUCCGUUCCUGUCGAUACUCUAACAAAUGCCUGCAAACUCAGUGGCCUGAAACAACACAGCUUCUCCAUUUCCAGAGGUCGGAAGUCCAGCGUGAGUCUCGCUCAGCCAAAAUCCAGCUUUCUGGAGGGCUGGGCCCUUCCAGAGGCUCUGAGAGCCAAUCUGGCUCUGGGACUUGUUCAGCUUCUAGUUGCCACCUGUGCGCUGUGGCUCGUGGGCCCCUCCAGUGUCCCCGCAGUCUCUCGUUACAUCACCUGCUCCUCUGACCCGGAUGCUCCCGCCUCCCUCUUCUGAGGACCGUUGGGAUUCUCGUGGGCCCAGGAUGAUCUUCCCAUCUCAACACCCUUAACUUAGUAACAGCCGGGAAGCCCACGGGCCACAUAAGGGAGGGUGCCAGGUUCCAGGACUUGGGAUGUGGACGUGUUUGGGGGCCUGAUGAUGGCCGCCAGACACGUCCAUCUCGAGUCGAGCUGGUCCAUCCAGGAGGACCCCUGCCUGAGAGAAGGAGCAUGCAUUUGCACUUCCCUUAUCUCUAAAGCUUGGCACAGGGACCCUUCCUGCAGUGAGAGCUUUUGCUUGCUCAGUGUGCUUCACAAAGAGCUUGUGUGUGUCUGUGUGUGUGCGUGCGUGCGUGUGUGUGUGUGUGUCCACACUUAUUACAGAAUUGAUAACUGUUUAAUUUUGGUGUCUUUGGAUGAUGAACUGUCAACCGUGGACCCUGAAUAAAUGUGACAAAAUCACCACUCUGCUCAUUUCUUUCCCAAAAGGUUUCAAAUCUGACCUGCCUUGACUUCCUCUCUGGUGUUGCUUUGGCUUAAGGCUCGGCUGCAGGCCAGCAGUGGCACUAAGGGUGCCGUGGACAGGCAGGAGGCCCCGCGUGCUGGAUUCUGAUGAAGGGUUCCCAUGCUCCCCCUUUCCACUGAGUGGUCUCCCCUCGGUGCAGACCGCCACCCUGCUGAUUUGACCAGCUACCAUUUGCAGCACCCAAAUAUAAGAAAAUGACUUCUCUCCUAUCGUGCACAGCCCUGGAAGGUUCUGCCGUCUGCCCCAGGCCUUGUCUCAUGCGGUGACUUCUGCCCCCGGAGGCUGCAGGGAUACAGGUGAGGAGCGGAAGCACCAGUGGCUGGGAGGGGUCUGGACAGCACAGAUGGCUCUGAAAAGUGUUUUCCAUCUACCGCAGAUGAGGACUCGCAAAGCCCAUCCCAUAAUACCAUUAUCCCACCCAACGGAAUUAGCAAUGACUACUCACAGUACGACAGUGUUGAAAUUUCCCCCAACUGUUUCUAAAAUAAAAAUGUUAUUUUUUAUAGCUUUCCUGAGAUAUUUCACAUGCCAGAGAAGUUCAUCCAAGUGUAUAACUCAGUAGAGGAAAUUCAGAGUUGCACAGCUUUUACCACUGUCUAAUUUUAGGGCAUUUUCGAUAGCCCAGAAAGAACCCCCUUACCCAUUACUGUCAUUUCCCAUUUCUGCUCCCUUCCCUUGCGGGGUGUCUUCAGGGCCCUUCCGUGUGGUAGCAUACGUCGGGGCUGUAUCGUUUUCAUUGCUAAAUAACACUCCAUUGUAUGGCCAGAUCACAUUGUGUUCACCUGUUCAUCUGCUGAUAGACGUUUGGGUGGCUUCCGUGUUUGGGCGAUGGUGAAUAAUGCGUCUGCGAGCGCUGGUGACAGGUUUUUAUGUUUCCAUUUCAUUACCUGGGUCAUCCAGUCAUUCCGUGUAACUCUUAGGAAGAGCUGCACUUCCAGAGGGCUGGUACCACUCUGCAUUCCCACCAGCAGUGUCUGAGCGCUCCAGUUUCCCCACAUGCUCACCGACGCCAGUGCUUGUCACUGUGUCUCUGAUCUUAGCUACUCUAAUCGACAUAGGUUUGGACUUUUCAUUUCCCUAAUGACGAAUGAUGUGGGGCAUCUUUUCACCUAUUUACCGGUCUUUGUGUCUCAGCUUUGGGGAAAUGCUUUGGAGAGGUCAGAACCUCUGCUCAUUUUUAAAUUAAAUUUUUUUGUUUCUUUUACUAAUGAUUGAAUUGUAAGAAUUCUUUAUUCUGGAAUCAAGUCCUUAUCAGAUAUGUUAUUUACAAAUAGUUUUCCAUUCACUUGUAAUAAACCUUUGCAUGAAUCUAGUUCAUCUCUUUAAAACAGCUGUCACCUGCCCAAAUACCAAAGUGGCCAAAUUAUCGCCUUAAUUACCAGUGACACAGCAACUUGACACUCCUGUGAGUGGAGGCUGCACCACCUUUUUUUUUUUUUUUUAAGGUUUAUUUUAUUUAUUUGAAAGAGAGAGGUAGAGACACAGAG